AUGCUAUGGUCCCGGAUUGCAGGGAGAUUGCCUGGGCGAUCGGACAAUGAAAUAAAGAAUCACUGGGAAUCGACCCACAUCAAGAGAAAAUUGCUGAGCCGGGGAAUCGACCCACAGUCGCGCCGCACCAUUCAGCCCUUCCAUAGCGAUGGCAGCAGUAGCAGAGAUGACAGGUCUCCCAGUCAAGAAAUUUCAAUGGUGGAUUCUUUCCAGAGUGAGCGCUGCAUUGUGACAGGCAAUUUCGAUCUUGCUGCUUCAAAUGGCAAUUUCGAUCUUGCUGCUUCAAAUAUUGAGCGCCACACAAUUGAGCCCUUCCACAGAGAUGACAGGUCUCCCAGUCAAGAAAUUUCAAUGGUGGAUUUUUUCCAGAGUGAGCGCGGCAUUGUGACAGGCAAUUUCGAUCUUGCUGCUUCAAAUAUUGAGCGCCACACAAUUCAGCCCUUCCAUAGAGAUGACAGGUCUCCCUGUCAAGAAAUUUCAAUUGUGGAUUUUUUCCAGAGUGAGCCCUGCAUUGUGACAAGCAAUUUCGAUCUUGCUGCUUCAAAUGGUACGAGUGGAAGCGAAGAGACGUCUGAUGUGAAUCUGGAAUUGACUCUCGGUUUGCAGUCUUCUGCCUCUCGUGCGAAUAAAUCGCAAUAG